AUUCAGACAGGUGACAGUGACGUAUCAAGUUACCUUAUAUAAGAGAUAUUCCAGCCACAAAAAAGACAGAAGUUGAAGAACUUGAAGAACCGAUUCAUCAAGAUGUUGUUUGUGGUAAUUCUAGCAUUAUUUCCACUCGCCAUUCAGGCUGGCACAGACACCCCUUGUGAAGUUGAGGGAGUAUCACAUGCGCAUAAUACAACAUUUACGACAACUGCUAGUGGGCCAUGCAUAAUUUAUAAAUGUGAUAACGGAGGAUAUGGACCAGAAUCUCAGCAAUGCAUGUACAGUGAUGGAGAAUGCUAUAAUGAAGGCGUUUCCAAGACUAGUGGUUGUGUAACUCAAACAUGUGAAAAGAGAAAUGGUUUUAUUGGUUUCUAUAUCACUAAAGAUGGUUGUUUAAAUGGAAACGAUUGUUUGGAUGUUGGUGAAUCAGUUGUAGAAAACUGUAAUAAUAAAACCUGUGUAAGAACAGAUACAACAUAUUCUUUAGAAACUACUUAUAAUUGCUUGGGUAAUGAUAAUAUAUGUAGACCAAUAGGCUAUGUACAAGAAAGUCAAGGCGGUUGUAUUAAACAGACAUGUGAAUCCAGAUCUGGAUAUAUUGGAUUUUACAUAAGACAAAUGGAUUGCUCUUAUGAUGGCGGUUGUCUAGCUAUGAAUGCUACAGAUAAACAGGGUUGUGUAACAAGAAAAUGUGUUCUCAAUGCCGACGGUUCGUUUGGCGUUGUAAUUGACAGUGUUGAAUGUUUGGAUGGGGAUGUGUGUAGACCUAUCGGUUAUGUAAGAAGCAGUAAUAAUGGCUGUUUUGAAGAUACGUGUGAGCAUACUGGAACAAGCUAUGGUUUUAGAUCAACAAAACGAGAGUGCAAUGUUAACGGUGGGUGUGUGGCAGUUGGUGACACCAGAACUGAGGGAUGCGUCACCAGAACAUGUGUCCUUGGCAGUACUUCAAUUGGUAUGGAAAUGACAAGCGAGGAAUGUCCAGACAGUGAUGGAUCUUGUGUUGCAUUUGGAACAGAAAAGCAGUCAGCUUCUGGUUGUAUUAAAUACACAUGCGAAAAGAGGACAGAGGGAAGUGGAUUCUUUCUAACACAAGAAGGUUGUAGUUACGAUGGUACGUGUCUUGAUGUAGGAGGGACUAUGACCGAUUCUUGCAUUACCAGAAAAUGUGUAAAAGAAGGCAACUCUCUAUCUGUUCAAAUAGAUAGUAUAGGUUGUUCUGAUGAAGGUGUAUGUCGUGAAGUUAACUUCUCUAGAACAACAAAUUGUUUCACAUACACUUGUCAAAAUACCAAUGGUCAAAUCGGUAUGGCAAUAACUAAAAGAGAGUGCACGGAUAGCAAUGGUAACUGUCACCCAGAAGGAUAUGUAUUGAAUACUGGACAAUGUAAUACUGCAGUUUGUGAAACCAGACCUACAGGAACAGGAUUUUACAACACACCCCCUCAAUGUCAGUUUAAUGGAGAUUGUGUUGCUGUGAAUGCAUCCAGUACACAGAGCUGUAUAACGCGUCAAUGUCAACUGAAUGGAAAUGCUAUUGGCAUGGCAAUCACCCAAGUUCAAUGUAGAGAUUCUAACAAUAACUGUCAUGAUCUAGGACAUCAAAUUACACAAGGCUGUUUUGAAUAUACAUGUGAGCAUCGAGUUACAGGACUUGGUUAUUUUCUCACCAAAGAAGGUUGUAUGGAUGGUACCAUAUGCCGAGAUUACGGUUACAGUCGCACCAAUCCACCGGGUUCGUGUUUAAAACAAACAUGUGAGAAACGACCUGAGGGUGUUGGAUUUUUCAAUGAGGAGCCGAAAUGUAAAGAUUCAGACGGCACUUGUAAACCGUUGGAUGCCACAAGAACACUUGCUAAUGGUUGUAUUGUACAAACAUGUAUUACUAGUAACCUUGGAACUGGAUUCCAGACAACUACAGAAGGUUGUGACAACGGUGGAGUCUGUGUUAGUCUCAAUGAAUAUGCGCCUGUGUCUGACUGCACAACAAAACAAUGCCAGAAACAAUCAAAUGGUGCCAUUGGUCUUGUCGUAACAGAGUUGAAGUGUACGGAUAAUGGUGGAAAUUGCCAUACACCAGGUGGAGCUACGUUCUCGUAUGCGUUUGAUGAUGGAACAGUUAGUGACAACUGCUCUUGUACAGCAAAUGUUGCAAACAUUACCAGAAAAUAUACAUGUGUAUAAUGAAAUAAAUGGCUGUUAUUUCUA